AUGUCAAGAACAGAGAAGAUAGAUUACGAUAUCAGAAUGUAUCUUCUCUGGUUAGCAAACAAAACAAAAACCUCGACAAAACUUACUUGGGGUAAAGGGGAUUUGCUUUUCAACACUAUGCAUGUGGAUUGCAUAACUUCCAAAUUACCACUGAAAUGGGAAAACUACUUGUAUACUGAUGAGUUCAUGCUAAAACGAAAUAAUUUUCGAUGUCAACGUUGCUUGCAAAUGCGUUUUCCACAUGAAUGUCGCUUUUUAUCCUUCCCUUUAAAUUCAUGUCCACUUGACGAAUGUCAUAAUAUUUCAUAUGCUUUAUUAACCAUGAAACCUUCUGCAUUUAGGGAAGUAACCUCAGAUGACAAAUUACAGAAAUUAAAAUUCUAUUAA